AUGUUGGCGGACGAGCUGGCGUCACUACGACGACAAGGGAUGCGAUCGAUUCUGCACCAGGUGCUCAACUUUGUGUCGGUAGUGUCUACGGCUCUAGCCAUGUGGAAAGGGCUGUCUGUUGUCACGGACACAGAGUCGCCGGUUGUGGUAGUGCUGUCUGGCUCGAUGGAGCCCGCGUUCUACCGUGGCGAUCUGCUGUUUCUCUCGAUGCCCAGUGGUGCACUGAAAGUGGGCGAUAUCCCUGUGUACAAAGUGCCUGGUGCAGACAUCCCGAUCGUACACAGGAUCAUCGAAACCCACAAUGCCCCAGACGGACAACAACUGAUCCUCACCAAGGGCGACAACAACGAGAGCGACGACAUCGCGCUCUACAACGGUGCAAGAUGGAUGACCAGAAGCAACAUGGUCGGCAAAGUAAAUGCCUACAUGCCGUAUGUCGGCUAUGUCACCAUCGCUCUCAACGACUACCCCAAACUCAAGUACGCUCUCCUCGCAAUCAUGGCCCUAUCAUUACUCUUCCAGAAAGAGUAA